AUGGCGCUCCUCAAUGAUCCUUUGACGGAUUGGCUGUUACUCAGGACAGUCCAGCCGGUUUUUGCAGCCAAGGUCCCUUCAAUCGACCCAAAACCGCAAGCCGGCUCUGUUUUCGAAGAAGUGCUCUGGAACUACGAGACGAUGUUUGAGUUCGAGAUGCUGCAGGCGUCCGACAUCCUCCCUAAGGCUGAAGACCUAGCCUUGUCAGGGGAUCUACCUGAACACGUCGUUAUGGAGCUCAGAGCUCUUCUCAUACUACUCGAGCAGAAUAUUGACGCCACACAUAUUGGACCUCUCCCGCAACAGGGUUGUGCUCUGCCGAGGCUGAAAGCUUUGCAAAUCGAACUUUGGGGAAGGCAUGACAAGCUAAGUGGUAGUCCGCUAGAUCAUGCCCAUGACCUCAGCAGUGCCGUCUGGCCAGACAUGACACUGGAAAGAUUUCGAGAUAUUAUCAAGAAGCUGCAAGACUUCAACCAGUCCGUCAAUCGAGCGGCCUCCAGCGGACUCAGGCAUGAACAGCCUCAGUUCACAUUAGCCAGCUGGAAGGAAGAGGAGAUUCAGUCGGUGCUGAAGGCCGGUCAAGCCUGGAAAAGUCUGGACCGCAUUUUCGAGAGACUGGUGGACGGACUCAGCAGCUGCCGGCUCCCGCAUGAUGUCAUGAUCCACCUAGCAGACCUCGAUAACAUCAAAAUGAUGCUUGCAUCGUGCUCAGCCCCGCGAGCAUGGCGUCGCACCAUUUGCAGCGUCGUUCUCAACCAAGAAGGCGGCUCGAUCGAUUGCGCAAGGACUGCAGUCAAGGUUGAGAAACUCUGUACGAUCAUUGGGAGUAAACGGCUACAGGAGUUACGGUUGAUCUGCGAAGAAUCAACGCUCUGGCACAGCUCAGGACAAACGGUCUCCAUUCUCAAAGAUGAAUCACGGGUCAACCUGCUCGAGCUGCUGGAAUCCCGAACAAGACGCUCGUCAGACCCUAGUACGGCGCCUUACUUGACCAAGAAGAAAAAGAAGAUUGUCGCUGCCAUCCUAGCAGUGAUCUUGUUGAAAGCUCUUGGUAGCCGGUGGCUGCAGAAGGGAUGGGAAUCGGACAAGAUUUUUUUCUUCCUCCCCGACUCAAGACCAGGUAGCACGGUGGAGUUUGAGACGCCAUACAUUUUGUGUUCCCUGGCAUCAGAACUUCAGUCUGGGGCGGACCCUUUGGAUGCACCUGCUUGCUACUCAACCAUCUUCGCUUUUGGAGUACUCCUGUUGGAACUCGAACUUGACCAAGGUAUUUCGGUAACAACAAAAGAUGAGCAAGAGGCCGACGAAGAAUAUCCUCCCGUCUAUAUGACGUUACUGCGAACCUUCCAUCUUCGGGAAGAGGACCUGGACGACCAAUACAUUCAACAAGUCAUUGACUCAUGUCUUGAGUUCAGCGACCGGGUCGAGUCCAUCCAGCAUCCUUCCUUCGGCGAAGAUCUCAGGUUCCGGGCGGCAAUAUUCCGAUAUAUUGUGGAUCCGUUAAUCCAGCGUCUCAAAACCGCACAUCAGGACAUCUCCUUGGAUUCUUUCGGCAUCAAACCCCAGCCGCAGCAGGCCCCGCAACGCCAGCCGGCACAACCACCGAUGACAGCUCCUCAGGCCCCCAGAGCUCAGAAUACCUUCGACACAUCCACCUUACCUGCCCAUCGAGGGUCACCUCUUUCCCAUAUCGAUGCAAACCAGCCGACAUCCUCAUUCGGAAAUGGUUCACGUGCCACCACAUGGUCGUCCCAGCCGCAGACAUUAAUGUCCCGUCCACGCACUCGACGAGACUUCAAGAUUGCCAUAAUAUGUGCCUUGACGCUUGAAGCUGACGCAGUAAAUGCAGUGUUCGAUGAACGUUGGGACGAUAAAGAGGAUGUGUACGGCAAGGCAGCUGGCGACCCGAACGCGUACUCGACCGGUAUGGUUGGUCGCCACAACGUUGUUCUCGCACACAUGCCUGGAAUGGGCCCGGAAAGUGCGGCGCGAGUUGCCGCCAACUGCCGGAUCAGCUUCGGGGGCAUUGAGCUUGCUCUUGUCGUCGGCAUCUGUGGCGCGUCACCUACCACAAAGGCAGGAGAAGAGAUUAUUCUAGGUGAUGUGAUCAUCAGCGAAGGGAUCAUCCCUUAUACAUCCGGACGACAGUACCCGGGACAAUUCGUGAGAAAAGACUCUGUGCUGGACAAUCUCGGCAGACCCAAUGCCGAGAUACGAGCUCUACUGGCCAAGCUCAAGGGACGUGGUCCUCGCAAGAAUCUGGAAGAUAACAUCGCCAAAUAUCUUGCCUCUUGGGACACGGAGCUCGGAGGAACAGCCACGUACCCUGGCGUCGACCAUGACAAGCUGUACCAGCCCCGUUACCGCCAUAAGCACCAGAAAGCUUCAUCAUCAUGUGCCACUUGCGCUGCCUGUACCAAGCCCACCGAUUCUGUCUGCGAGAAAGCUCCCGAGCUUUCGUGCGAACGACUCAGCUGCGACCAGAUAUACCUCGUCCCAAGGAAGCGGCUUGUCGUUUCCAAGAGUGAGGCCGCGCCCGCAAUCCGCAAAACAGACCAACAGCAAAUAGUUCACCCAAAGGUGCAUUUCGGUCUCGUCGCAUCAGGAAGCAUUGUCAUGAAGUCCGGUGAGGACAGAGACUCGAUCGCGCAGAAGGAAAACGUGAUUGCGUUCGAAAUGGAGGGUGCCGGGGUGUGGGAUGCCUUCCCCUGCCUUGUCAUCAAAGGCGUAUGUGACUAUGCCGACAGCCACAAGAACAAGAGCUGGCAAAACUAUGCUGCAGCCACAGCGGCCACCUGCAUGAAGGCAUUUCUGGAGAAUUGGACGUCGAGCACUUCUGGCAUGUAA